AUACCAACUCAUGUUUAAUGUGAUCACGACAGUUGUGGGUUUUAUAUGUUGUAUGGGUUUGAUGUGGACGCGAAUAAGCUGCCACACCGGAACCAGAGAUAAAGAAGCUCAUCUUGUUUUUCAAUAAGAAGGGCGGCACUUGUAUCGAUUUCCCAACUCCUUCAAUGGAUUCAUUGGAGGCGAUUCCUUUCACGAUAAAAUUGAAGGUGGUAGAAGCAACGGAGACGAGUUUUAAAGAAUAUGGACAGGUGAUCGACGUUUCUUCCGACGGUCAGGAAUUCGGCCCCUCCGAUGCUCAGUUAGACCUAAGUCGUGGCACUCCCAGGUUCUAUAUCAUGCAUCUGGAAGAUCAGCAACUUAAAUUUUCUAAAAUUACUCAUCAUGCAAGUGUGACCCAGUGCCUUGGUUCGAUAGGUGGCCAGGAAUGGUAUCUUGGUGUUGCUAAGGCUUCUAUUUUGAAUACAAAUAAAAUAGGUGUUGAAAUGGGCUGUAAAGUUGUACAGUCAAGUUGUGGUCAUUAUUAUGUGCCUCCUGCUCCUGAUGCUGUGCGCGUUUUCCGAGUAGUUGGUCCCAAGUUUUUGAAGCUUAACAUUGGGACGUGGCAUGCCGGCCCUUUAUUCAAAAUGAAGACGAUGGAUUUCUACAAUCUGGAAUUGAGCAAUACCAAUAAUAACAGAAAGGGUCAUGGUCUUUAGUCAUCACAAAAUGGACUAAUUCCAGAUAUCAGUCUACUGUCAUGUGGUGGAUCACACGACCCAUGAAUUUUGCAAAGAAGAUAAUGUGGUCUUUUUAAUUGACGAGUAAUAUAUGCAUUUCUAGAAGGGUCACACUGAAGUGGUACCCGGACCACGAUGAGCUUACUGUGGUACUAGGCAGAUGUGGGGCCCAGUUAGGUAGUCACGGAAUCCACCUGUCCAUAACAUGCGUCACCUCAGAAACCCCACUAGCCCAAAAAUCAGUCUGAUCCAAAACUCAGAUGAGCGACAGUACAGCAAACAUAUUGAGAGGGAACAACUACUGUUGAUUUGCAUGUGGGGACCGUCGUGUUGUUUAUAUAAAAUCACGGCCGUUUGGACUCUUCUUCCAGUCCAGAUGAAGGGUUGGCCAAAAUUCAGGAUGUUUUGCAACUAUCAUAAACCCUUGUGAAAUUGAAGAGUGGGCAUUCCCUCCUAGAUCAUAUACUUUGCUGUGUACCAACUUAGUUUGGAUUGGGCCGAGUUUUUGGUCCCAAGUGUUUUCUGAGGUGAAGAAUCUGAUAGACAGGUUGGAUUGUGUGGAUACAUCCCUUUAGGCCCCACAUCUACUCGGUACCAUUGCAAGCUUAGGGUGGUAUAGGUAUCUUUCUAUAUUUAUGGAUCUCCCGUUACUUAGUGCUGGAUAAAAUAAGUUGGUCUGAUGUGCCCACACUCAGUGGGAAUGAUUAUAGUCAUUGAGAUUACAUCAUACACGGUAGAGAGAUUAUGUUGCAGAUGAUCAUGUAUCCAGUUUACAAAAUUGUGGAAUCUGUUGUAGUUGCAUGCAAUAAGGGUUGGUAAGAUGUCAUGUAAGUUGUGCAGCGUUCAAAUGGCAAUGUUGAAUGUCACCAAUCAAAACCUUUUUUCUGUUAGAAAUUAGUUUGGUUUUAUAGGAGCAUAUGACCAGACCUUGAAUAGAGAAAGAUUAUAUUGUGGAGUAUGCUUUUCCUGCAAUGAUCUCAAAGUUAAAUAGC